GAAGUGGCUGCACGAAGAUAUCGCGAGAAAAUCGCCAUGUGUUACGGAGUGAACCCGUCAGCACUGAACACGUCGCCGCAGGAAGUGCCUUUGACGAUCACAUUUGCCAGUAUAUAUCAAUUCCUGGUCGAGCAUCCAAAUCCAUUUACGGGUCAACCCAAAGAUUGCGCUAAAGGCAUGGAAGCUAUUUUGUAUUACAAAAAUGGAUGGGUUAAGAGUGUUUCCGGAAAGAAAGUGCACGACGUAUACGCAGUGCAUGGAUCCGUACGACAUUCCUUCGCAUUAAAUGAAAACCCUCUGACACCAUGGAUUUUAAUUAGUGAAUCCGGCAGGAUACUUGCAGCGCACUGCAACUGUGCCAUCGGUCUUUUGGAAUGUUGCAGUCAUAUCGGUGCAACGUUGUUUGCAUUAGAGGGCAUUCGAACGUCAAUACUCGAGAAGAAAUUGUCAGUUACUGAUUUACCGGUGUACUGGAAGAAGCCACCGACGAGUAUCAGCGAAAACCUGUAUAAAAAAGUACGUGGCAUUGACUUCGACAAGCAGAUCCAGAAAACAUAUUAUGCCACCACUCCAUCAACUUCAACUAAUUACGAUUUUCGCUGUCGAAAUUUAUUGAGCUCGCUACAGAUGGACGGAAUAAAUGUUGCUGGUACCACUCUAUUUUGUGGUGAAAAACAAAUGGCCUUCAGUUGUACAAUUUGUACACACGAGUCUGAACUUAAAAAUGAUCUUAAGAACUACAAUUUCCAACAACUCUACGACCCUGCCUUUAACAAGAGUACAAUUGAGCAGUUACAAAAAGUAGCGGCAGAGUUCAUUCGCAAUUUUACAAGUGAAUCAGAUCUGUUGAUGAAGAUUGAUAAGCUUACCGCAGACCAAUCGGAUUCCAAGUGGUGGAAUGUUUUCCGGAGUGGGCGUAUCACGGCUUCAAACAUGAAAGAUGUGUGUUGCACAAAACCGGAGCAACCAUCGAUGUCACUGGUGAAAAGAAUAUGUUACCCCAAUGAAGCAACAUUCACUUCAUCCGCUACAAGAUACGGCAAAACUUACGAAGUAAAAGCAGUUGAGCAAUUGUUCGAAUCAGUGAAGCACUUGCAUCAGAACUUGUUAAAAAUAAAAUCGGGAUUUGUAAUUCAUGAAGAUUAUCCGUUCAUGGGUGCAUCGCCGGAUGCAAUAUUUUUGUGUGAUUGCCACGGUGUAAUAACAGUCGAAGUGAAGUGCCCCUUCUCAGCUCGCAAUCGUGCAGAUAUGGUUGACACAUUAUUGCAGCUAAAGGACUCUUUCAUUACACGAAAUGAGGAACAUCAUACCCAAGUAACACGGUUUGUCGUAUGA